CACUAGCGCUACUGAUUGAUGCGGGCGAAAAUAAAACCAUUAAUAAAACGAGUACGACAGAGUACGAGAACGUAUUGGAGUAUGCAGAAUGACAAGUUUGUGUUGUAUAUUGAUUGUGCAAUGAAAAUGUAUUUCGAAUUGUUUACAAUAUAGUAAUAUUCCGUUAUGUAUUCAUUAAUAGCAAAGAAAAUGGGCCGAGGACUAUGAACGUACGUGCUCAUUUGUGCAUUCACAGUGUUGCGUAGUUUGUUUCUUGCUCAUCAUAACAUAGGUCAUUGAAAUAAUGGUUGAGAACGGCGGUUCGAGCGGGGGCAGCGACAGCCCCAACGCGACUUGCGGGCGGUCGGGUCUGCUGGAGACGUUGGUGCGCGGGGUGUGGUACCGGGUGCACUGCUCCCUGGAGGACGACUACUUCAGCGUGUGCCUCGACGACGGGUACGAUGCGACGACAACUCUCAAUGGCACCCUCAACAAUAACAAUGUCGAAACACCCAAUAGUGACUUCACGGAAGUGCCGGAAGCGAUCGCGAAUCAAAAACGACUAGUGCAAGUGGUUAAAUCUGACAAUAAUGGGCUUGGAAUAUCAAUUAAAGGUGGAAUAGAAAACAAUAUGCCCAUAUUAAUAUCAAAAAUAUUCAAAGGCAUGGCAGCAGACCUGACUGAACAGUUGUAUGUUGGUGAUGCUAUCUUGUCGGUCAACGGAGAGGAUCUUAAGGAUGCUACACAUGAAGAAGCUGUAAAGGCUCUGAAAAGAGCUGGCAAAAUGGUUCAGUUGGAAGUGAAGUACCUCCGCGAAGUGACGCCAUACUUCCGGAAGGCGUCAAUCAUAAGCGAGGUGGGAUGGGAGCUGCAGCGCGGCUAUAUGGCGGAGGCGCCGCCGUCGCCCCCCUCGCCACGCCGCCGCCGCGCCGACACCCGCUACGUGCCGCUGUUGAUGGCCUGCGUGGCCAAGAAUCUGCGCCAUCACGACCCAGAGGAUCGCACGAUCGAGGUGUACUCCCCGGACGGCGUGCACUCGCUGGCGCUGCGCGCGGGCGACGCGUCGGGCGCGGCGGGCUGGCACCGCGCGCUGCACGCGGCGGCGCGGCGCGCGGCGCGCGCAGCGCUGGCGCGCGCGCGGCCCGGGCUGCGCGCGCUGCUCGGCGACGUGCGCUACGCCGGCUGGCUGGCGCGCCGCCCCAACACAGACCAUAUCAGUGCAUCUGGGGGCUCCGACAGUUCCGAUGAAGCCGAGGGAUGGCAGCCCACGUUUGUAGCUAUUACGGACCGAGAAUUAAGGUUGUACGAGGCGGCGCCCUGGUCGGCGGAGGCGUGGUGCGCGGCGGGCGAGGUGCUGGGGCUGGCGGCGACGCGGCUGGCGUGGUGGCGGCGCGGGCCGCACGCGGCGGCGCUGGGCGUGCGCGCCGGCACGCCGGGCGGGCUGGCCGUGCGCGCGCUGCGCGCCGACACGCCGCACGACCUGGCCGCCGUCGCCGGCGCGCUCGUCGACGGCGCGCACCAAGCCGUGCGCGCGCAGCCGGAGUUCACCUUCCGUUGCCGGUUCCGGGGCAUGUGCGCGCGGCUGUCGCUGGGCGCGGGCGGCGUGUGCGUGUGGGAGGCGGCGGGCUCGCUGGGCCGCGGCGGCGCGCGCGCGCUCUACCGCCGCCCGCUGCACCAGCUCAAGGCCUCCGCCGACGACGACCGCGCCGCGCUGUGGCUGCACUUCACGGACGACGACACCGUGGAACUGGAUAUGGAGGGCAGCCCGAAGCCGGCCGUGUUCAUCCUGCACAACCUGCUGUCGGCGCGCGUGCACGCGCUGCCCGAGGACUCGGCGCAGCCGCUAUAACCGCACCACUAAACAUCUGUGAGUCACUCCCACUAUUACCGACCCUACUCCACCGGCGCGGCGGCAAUUCUGUACUACGCACGAAUUACGCAGGAUUUUCAUUCAGCUCGUCAAAUGUUGUAUAUUACGAUCGCGGAAAAAUGCCGGGAUAUCUUCAAAUAGAAUCUCGAAUAAAUAUGUAAUACUCCUUAUUUAUUUCUAGUUUGUUAUGUUUAUGUGAGACUAUAAAAAUCUUGUUAAAUUUAAAUACGAUUUUGGUGUGCAUAGUGAUUAUGAUUAACAUUGAUGUUGGCCGCAGACUAUGGCCGCUUUAGUGCAAUUUUAUUAUGGCAAUUAUGAAUGUAUAAAUUUACGAAAUAAGAAGCACAACUAGUGCUCAGUUAAGGAUACUCCCGAUAGUUACUACUCCCGCCGGCACGUAACUUAUUUCAAUGAUAUAGGGUCAGCGGUAAUUGAAGGGUUUUUUGGAAGUGGUAACUAUUAGGAACAAACACUCGGUUUGAUGUUAUAGCGUAGUAAAACUGGUAAAUGCUAUUGUGCCAUGGCUUUAUGUUGUUUGUUUUAUAAUUAUGUUAUAAUUAUUACAUGCUCUUGCUCCCCUUGUUUAUAAUGAAAUGGCAUACAUGUAUGUGUUGCAAAAAUGUCUUUUUUUUACAAAAUGGAGGAGCGGAGGCAAAUACGUAAUAUUUUCCAACCAUAAAGGCAAGGUACGCAAUAUUAAUUUUGAUUAUCGUCCCAUAAGAGCUGUAAUGCAUUUAUACUCAAUGUGAAACUCGAAAUUAUCAUAUUAUUGAAAUAAAUUGUAGCCACUUAACACAUUCAAUACCACUAAGUGCUACGGGUUACGCUCGUAGCGCGUAGCCACGGUUUCGUCGUAUGUAGCGCGUAGUCGCUACGAACAGUGUACCCGACAGUCGGGUUCUUGGUGUUGAAUGUGUUAAACACCUUUCUGGUGUAAAUAGAAUUUUACUUGUCUAAGUAGAACGAAACAUGUCGGACCUUAUGCAAAAUAAUCGAAACCUAGUUAUUCUGCCUAUCCAAGCUUUCUUAUUAAGUGAUUUUUAUCUAAGUACUUUUAUAUACAAUAUCUACGCUGUAAAUAGCUUUUAUACAUUCUACAUUUUUACAUUUCCCUAUUUAAGGUAAUUGGUUUGCUUUAAUAUUUGUAGUGUAUAAUCUUAAGAUAAGAUUUAAGACGUCAUACAGAACGAUUUUGGUAUCUCUGACCAAACUCUGAGGGGUGAAUAUGUAGGUCAUACUGAACAACUUUUACUAUGGGACCAACCCCAAGAUCGCUAAAAAAAUCAGUUGUUCUAUAGAAAACAUUGCCUCUGAUUCACCGAUUUUUUUUCGAGGUUGGCUCCAUGGUAAAAGUCGUUCACCUACAUAUCGGGGUGGAUAUGUAGGUGAACAACAGGGUUUGGUCAGAGAUAACAUAAUAACCCUGUAUAAGCUAGGGUAAUUUUAAUUAUGGUUAAGAUUAAUGUGUAGUGACGUAGUGAAGUCAUUUGAAUAACGACAGGCAAUAUUUAAGGUGAUAAAAGAAGGUUAGAAAUAUUUAUUUUAUUACCACAUUAUUGUCAUAUUUUGUAAGCGUAAAAUAUGUAACUGAACAAUGUAUCGGAUUCUUUUUACACUCGUAACUAAGAGUUCCGGCGUUGCCGGUGUUAAUUGGAUCGUACUCAUCUCUUUCAACGCCUUUAUUCUAGUUAUAAGUAUUUAUACUCUAACUAUUUGACAUUAAAAAUAAUGUAAUAAUUAUGUUAUAUUAAUAUUUACUUUUAUUUUUCGAAAUAUUGUUUCGUAAAUUGUGAAUCUCGCAGCUGUUUGGUUAAGGCUUUAAUUUUAAACAAUCGAAGAGGCGUAAUUGUAUUGUUAUUUGUUAUUAUUCAUAAAUUUCUAUUUUACAUAGGUAAUUAUUAUAAAUCAAUAGAUUCGAUGUAGUGUAUAGGCUGGAUUGUUAUUAGCUUAUUAGUAUGUGUUUACGUUAUCUACAGUAUCAAUAACAACACUUAUACAGUACCGUUGGUAUGGAUACGUUACUUAUAGAAAUCCGUACUUCUGAGUAAUUACGUACAGAUAAAUUAUAGUACAGAAUGACAAUUAGGGAUGUGUGCCUUUGUAUUAAAUGAAUUUGUCUAUGCAAUGUUAAAGCAUUAUAAGCUUACCGCGAACCACGUUCGACGUGUAGCCUCUCUGUCGCACUUGUAAAUUCGUACGUCAGUGUGACAGGCAGGCAACACGUCGAACUUGGCUCACGAUAGGCCCUCAGAGUCCCGCCGACAACAAAGCAAUGCUCAAAUUAUUGUCCACGGCUACUCUCAGUAAAAAAUCUAAUAAUAAUGUGUCAAGUGCCAGGGCCAGUCGCAGUAUUAUGAUCAGGUGUAUUCAUUGACUAAACUAAACUAUUUUUAAGAUUAAUAAAAAAUAAGUUUGAUAAAACGGUUAUAGCUGUAUUGAUUUUAAGGUGAAUAUGAAUACCUUGAGAUCUGAAUGAACCAACAAACUACGUGGUUGGCAAGCUUUUUAUUUUUAGUUAUUUUAUUUUCAAUAGUAAAGCAAAGAAAGAAUCACCACUGUGUGUCAAUUAUUGAUGCGACAAGUGGCGAUGCCAGUUUUUCCAUGAAUAUGGUCGUAAGGGGACUUAAAGCAAGAGUAGAAUCCUUGAAAGUUAUUAACAAGUGCUCACCAUAAAAUAGCUAGUCAUCAAUGUAACGUUACAUCACAAAUGCCACUAUGACUAGUCUCAUACUGCCUGGUUUAUUGGCAUGAAAAUCAAAAUCAUUGCCCUUUUUCUAUCGAACGACAAGAUAAAGUCAGCAAAGCUAUUAGCUUAGCACGUCUGCAUACAUGUUUGUAUGCAGGGGUGCUAAGCUAAUAGCUUUGAUGACUGUACAUAGAAAAGUGAUAUAGUUUCAAUUUGGACGUCCAAGUACCAAUCCACAAAAAAUAUGGCUACGCUUUCUAUUCCGGAUAUUUCCAUGUAACUGCUGACUGAAAUGUACUCUUAAAUUUAAACGCAUUGAAUUUGUUAAUUUGGUGGAUGCUGUAGAACGACUUCUUAUUAUAUUUUAGUUCACUCAGCUUUCGCAUCAUUUUCACGUGUGUUGUUGAAAUUGUAUUGUUGGUGUUUUGAUUUUUUAUUAAUGUACUCAUGUGAUGUUUGACAGCUAUUUUUAAUCGAUUAUUUACUUUAAUAUAGUAACCUUGUAUCUACAUGUAUUUGGUUUAAGAAAUUAGACAUUCAAGCAUUUAUGUACAGUUACGGACUGUUUAGUUUACGUACUCAAUGUGUUCUCCAAAUUUUGUGGGCAUACCGGUAAUAUGCUUUGGUUAGUAAUAAGUUUAUGCUCAUACUUAACUAAGUUACCAUUCAAGAAUUCCAUUUAUAAAUGUUGUAGUGAAGUUCUAAAACGAUUCGGGACUAUGAUGUCAUAUAAUGGCCCUAUUUAAAGAACAGUACCUACAUAAUUACUUAUACUUACAAUAAAUUAAUCAGGUCAGGUCUUCACUGUAAGUAAUUUGAAUCUUAGAAAGUACUAUCAUACUUCUAAUCUCAGACAUAUAACCUAUUAUAAUAAAAGAAGUGAAACAAGAUUAUGUGUCAUCAAUUUCGCAGGUGCACUACGAAUUAUUGGCGACACAUACGCCAACGACACAGAAAAAAAUAAAAUAAAUUGGAAUAACUACAAAGAGUAGGUAAUUUCACUCGAAUGACGUCACAUUUUUUUAUUAGCCUACUUUGGUGUCUCACUGCCUUUCAGUGAUCACCUGUCAGUUAACAUCGCAACACAGUAAAGCGUAGGUACUUAAUUAUAUGAUAGUUUAGCUGUCUGAGAUAUCUUGUAUCAAGUUACAAGUAUAUAAUCGAUAUUGAAAAUGAGUCUACAAAUUUUAAGACCGACUGAAAGUAAACAUUUAGGUUACCAUAAUACCACUAGUGACUGUGUGAAAUGUUGCCAUAUCAAUGUUUAAGUUAAGACUAAGACGUAAUCUUCUUGUAAUCUACGUAGAAUUUCUACUGAUGACAUUCCUUCGUAAGUUGACGAUUAGUUUUUUAAAUUAUUGUAUAAAAUAAUACAUCAUCAAUAUCAUAUAAUUAGAUUCAAUCAUUCAUAGCAAUCAAGGUAGAUGAGUGGUAUGUACCACUAUGGCAGUGAUAUAUUCAUAUCGGUGGUCCAGCAAGGCUAAUGAGGAGUAUAUAAGUACGAAGAGGCAUAUGUAAUGCAAUACCUAAAGACUCGAGGCCCGACAUGGAUAUAUAGGGAUCCAAACUACCGGUACCGCAACCUAAGAAGAGGCCACGACACGACAUUACGUCGGAUACAGACAUUAAACUGACAGUGCCAUUGUAAAUUAUAAUUCAUUCAAUCCUUUUUCACGUAUGAAUCUCAAUUCAUCGUUAGUGCCAUUCGCCUCUUCUUAAACUGCGAGACCUAAAGGGGCCCACAGAUUAGCAGUUCGCCGGACGAUAUCAGCCUGUCAGUUGUUCGGAGCUGUCAAAUUUUGCGUUUAACUGAUAGGCUGAUAUUGUCCGGCGAACUGGUAAUCAGUGGGUGCCUUUAAAGCUUAUGAGAGAGUGAAAACUGUGGUGAAUGUAUUUUUCUGGUUACGUAGCGUCAUUUAGACUGAUCUGAUGUAGAGACUGUGUGAUCAUAUCUGAAGAAUAUGCAGGAAAGAAAUAAGCUAAGUAUUAGCAAGCGCUUUGAUCGCUUAUGUAUGGUUUGCUAUAAAAAUAUACUUGUACGAAUCACUUUUUCGAUCAAAGGCGUGGUUUUGUGAUCGGCAUGGAAAUGUAAUUUUUUUAUUUAUGUUACUAUUCUACUUCAGAUCAUUCCUUAGAAAUUAAUAGAUAAUUUAUAUUAAUAAUUGUGAUCACUGCUAGAGUCUGGCCAGCGAAUCGCGAUAGUGCAAAAUCACACAAAUGAAAAUGUUUUAGCAACAGGACAUACAUAAUGGUGAUUGGUGAUAUGUACUGGAUGGGGGGACCCUAAAAUAAACCUUCAAAAGCCCAAGGUCAUUGACGUCGGUUUUCUUUUUAAUUGUGCAAUUUUCAAAUUCGUCAGCCAGACUAAAGUUUAUAAACUGAGAACGUUUUAGAUGAAAUUGUUUAAAGUGUGACCUUUGUAGCCCAUUAUUAUAAUUUGUAGUCAAAACUGUCAUUACGAUGCAUUAAUACAACGAAGAAAAUGA